AUGGACUGGGUUUGCUUCACCGAACCACUAAUCUUCGGCGACAAUAACACCAUCUCGGAUGGGGAUGAUGGCGAUUUCGACGAGAACUGGGAAGACAGUUGGGUCGUCUGUCCAAUACCGAGCAAUUCCUCGUCUAGUUCGACCUUUUCAACGACGGCGACGAAAACAACGAGUGAGAACCAGCCGGAGCCUACGGCAUCUCCGCGCGAAAGCGAUCCAAUGCAGAACAAAGUCGACUAUUACGGUGGUUUGGACCGGAAGACGGAGCAUGCGCGCAUGGACAGCGCCAUCAACGACUUUUGCAGUGCAUUGGGUAGCUCGGAUGACGUCUUCAAAGAAGACUACUUCGAGUCGUCAACCUUCACAUUCUACCAUAGUUCAAGAACUGGUGUUCACAUCCUCAUAUCUCUCAGCGUUGACAAAAGCUGUCAGUUCAAGUAUAGCUACUACUUGUGCCGCAAAUCCCCGGAGGUUCCCGUUAACAGCUGUCAAUGCCGAGGUGUGAGCGGAAAGCAAGGCGGUUUCUUUAAUAACGACUGGUACGAGUGGAGGAUUAGUCUGCAAACGGUUUUCUGA